AAUACACACAAUGCAAUCACUUUAUGCGGAAAUAAACAUGUGAUAUAUUUUAGUCACUUUGAAUCAUUCGCGUUUCUAGCAGGCCAGUCGACAGUUAUUUCUGAGAGAGAGCUGUCUUCAUGUUGUAUUUACCUACCACUGUAAUAGCCAGUUGUAAAAUUACACAUUAGUCACGCUCUGGUAGUAAUAAUAUAGUAAAUGUCAACAACGAUGGAAGGGAAUCAACUGUAUUCAAGAACUUCGAAAAUUGAUCGACUGAAUGAAAGGGUGUCCAAGUUGCUGACGGUAGCGGUGAACGAAGUUCUGGAACUUGUGCGGGAGACUGUGUCGGAGUAUCAGGAGAAAACCUCACGAACCCAGAGGGAGAACGAAAGACUCCGGAAGAGACUUCGCAACUCACUGGAGAGCGACAGAGAACCAGGACAGCAGUCACAGCUGAGCCCAUCCCUACACUGCAGUUCUCCCGUGGAGCAGCAACAACAGGACUGUGAGCCGGUACAGACACCUGCUGCAGGACGAGCAUCAGGCCUCCCAGAAGAUGAGAAACCAACCAAAGCCAAUAUGAGGAAGUGGGAGAGGGAGAGCGAGGGGGAGGGGGAGGGGGAGGGGGAGCUGAACGCAGUGGAUGAGCAGAAACGUUCGCCACAGAUUUUCAUAGACGAGGCUGGGCAGACUCACACACCAGACGCGUUCAUGGAGCUGGUCAAUCUGAAACAUGCGUCACAGGCGUCGGUGGACUGUGACGUGAGAGUGGGACUGGUGAUUCCUGAGGAUGGAGAGACCUGCAGCAAUGAUUCUGCUCUCACCAUGGCCACCCGAUCCCUCUACGUGGACAGUGAGACGAAUACCAUGCCAACCUGCCCGGAGACGAUGCCGUCGUGUGCCAUCCAAAUCUCUCAAAUCCGAACCUUGUGGCAGAAUCGCAAAAGCACAGGGCUAGGCUCCGCCAAGGGGCCUGCGUCCCAUCGGGAGGUCACACAGAAUGGCUUUCAUUCCAUGGCCGCCUCAAACCCAUCGCAUCAGAAUCGAACCUCUGACUUCCACAUCAAAACAGAACCUCCUGCAUCCAGGUCUAUCACAACCCACGCGCCAGACAACAGCUUUGCUUUGUCUGUAGGUUUAAACUCACUGCAUAGCCACAUAUCCUCUCAUACGCAUCCCAUAGACAUGAACAACCUCAAAACUCCUGCUGCACUACCCACUUCCCCUGGUCCCCACCAGGAGGCGCUAGAGAACGACUUUGACCUGAUGGCUGACCUGAGCUCCACCCACCCACAACCAUCGACCUCCCAGGCCCACAGCGGCCUCCACUUCACCUACUCCGAUCAGCUGCGACAGCAGGCGUCCGGUGCAGAUGUUUGGCUGGCGGAUUCCCCCCGCCUGAGUCAGAGACCCUCCCCUAGCGAGAGCUACGUGUGUGUGGUGUGCGGCGAGACUUACGGCAGCCUGGUUGACCUGCGCGUCCACGAGCGCAGUCACCCUGGCGGCAAGCAGCACGUGUGCACGCUGUGCGGGCGCUCCUUCAGCGGGUCGGGGGAUUUGAAUAAGCACCUGCGGGUCCACACGGGCGAGAAGCCCUACGACUGCGGCUACUGCGGCAAGAGCUUCAGGCGCGCGGACCACCUCCGCACGCACCGACGCGUCCACACCGGAGAGAAACCGUACGUCUGCGGCAUCUGUGGGCAGAGGUUCAGCGUGAGCAGCACGCUGCAGAAACACAAGCUGACGCACACGGGGGAGAAGCCCUGCGAGUGCCAACUGUGUGGGAAGAAAUUCAGGCUCUCUUCCCAACUGAAGAGGCAUGAACUCACUCACAACCUCAGGCACAUUAGUGUCAGAGUGUCAAAAAUUGACCGACUUAAUGCUCGAGUGUCUAAGUUGCUCACGGCUGCGGUGGGUGAAGUUCUGGACCUCGUGCGGGAGACGGUGUCGGAGUACCACGAGAAAACCUCACGGACUCAACGGGAGAACGAGAGGCUCCGGCAGAGGUUGCGGGACGCCCUGGGAAGUCUCGAGAGUGAGAGGGAAGCAGUAAGACGCGCUCAACUGGCUUCAGUGUUGGAGUGUGCCAUCAUUCAGGAACAGCAGGAGCAGCAGCAGCAGGUUUGUGAUGCAGUCAGGACCUCUACUGUGAGGCAGGAGCCAGAAUGCCCUCCAGACGCGGUGGAGAUCCCAGCGGGGGAUGAUGACCAGAGAGAGCAGACAGGGGGAGAGCCGGAGGAGGAACAGAAGCUCACUGCCGAGGCGCUCACGGAGUGUGCUUUGAGAGUACGGCUGUUGUUCACCGACCAUGACAGGACUUUAACCAGUGAAGAGGCGCCCCCUGUUGACGAGACCGUGAACCUCCACGCUGUCGACAGCAUCAAAAGCGAUGCUGACCCCAUGCCAGUGAGCCCCGUAACCAUGACGACCACGAUGACCUGCAUCCCUUCACCAAGCAACCAAACCUCAUCUGACAUCCACACCAUAGCUCCGGAGCGCAUCAAAACGGAGCCGCCCUCGCCAAAGUCCUCUACCAGCCUACAGGAGGCGCCACUGAGCAGCUUCUGCUUCACAGACGACCUGAGUUCUGUCAGGCCUCAGCCGGCUGCCUCCCGAACCCUGAACAGCACGGCAGGGCCCUACGGCCUGCUGUUUGUCCCUCCAACCCAGCAGUCUCACUCACUCCCUCACCCUCACCCUCACCCUCAGCAGCCGUCGUCCCACAGCCUGGGCAGGCGUCUGGGACUGGGUCUCGGUUUCGGCCGCGUUCAACGCCUCGCCAACAACAACCGGCGCCACCGGCAGGGCGGCCUGCGGCACGAUGAGCCCCACACGUGCGGCGUGUGCGGCAAGACGUUCAGCCGCCUGGGCAACCUGCGCAUCCACGAGCGGUGCCACACGGGCGAGAAGCCGUACGCCUGCAGCCAGUGCGGGCGCUGCUUCAGCCAGGCCGGGGACCUGAAGAAGCACCGGCGGGUGCACACCGGGGAGAAGCCCUACUACUGCGCCCAGUGCGGCAAGAACUUCAGCCGCGGAGAGAACCUCCGCAGGCACCAGAAGAUCCAUGUCGGCGAGAGGGUCCAUCUCCAGCAGGCCUGGGCAGACCUUAGGCCCCAGUGUUGACCUGCCCAGUGUUGACCUCUGACCUCCCCAGUGUUGACCUGUUCAGGGUUGACCUGCCCAGUGUUGACCUCUGACCUCCCCAGUGUUGACCUCAGGCCCCAGUGUUGACCUGUUCAGUGUUGACCUUUGACCUGUUCAGUGUUGACCUGUUCAGUGUUGACCUCUGACCUCCCCAGUGUUGACCUCAGGCCCCAGUGUUGACCUCUGACCUCCCCAGUGUUGACCUGUUCAGUGUACCUUUGACCUGUUCAGUGUUGACCUGUUCAGUGUCUACUCUUUGGACAUGAGAGUUAAGAUGGGGUUAUAGACUACACCCCUUUCCCACCCAAUCUUAGCCUCGAUUUGCUUCCGGCCGACUCCACAAUUGUGUGCUUGAGUCUGCCAGCUUUGGCCAGUCAGGGUCGACAGGUCUCACAGGUUAUCAGGUAGUCUGUGAUGGACGCAGCUUCCAUUUCCUUGUCCCACUAACUACGAUUGUCAGAGUCGGGAGCAUUUUUUAAAUAAAAAUGGGAAGUCGCGGUGCCUUGAAGUAGACCCUCCACAGCCACAAGAGAAACCAUUUUGGGGAAGUGAGUGCAGCGUCAGCAGGCAGAGCUGAGAUCAGUGUCUUUGGACGGGAGUGUUACUGUCACCGGACUGAGCAGUGAAUGUGAGUCGAGAUGGAUCGGUGGCUGACUUUGGACACUGUAGCUACUGGUACAGACUCAACAUGAUAUUGAACAUUAAUGACUGUGACAUUUUCUUGAAAAAGGCACAGGUUGAAGAAUCUAACCAUUAAGCUCAAAUGUUUAGUUUUACAGGUUAUUUGCGUUCCGCUUGAUCAUGGCCCGGUAGCUGAGUGUUCUUCUCCUCCUAAUCAUUUCCAUUCUACCAGCACCUAUGAACAUUAAAGGUGCACUGUGUAGUUUUGUUUUUUGAAACAUUAAAAGUCUUUGUGUUUUUAAUUGUUUUUAAAGGCAUCAUGAAAAAAGAAUGUUGAUACCGGUUCAUUCUAUUAAUGGAUUCUGUGAAGCUUAUUUCCUGUUUUAGCUACUUUGUGUAUACAGUAAUUGUUUACCUGGCCUAAGAAACAUGUAUAUUCAUGUAAAAAGUCCCUUGAAAUAAUGGAUAAAUACAACAAAAUAUCAGAAACUAUACUGUCAUUAUGGCCUUAGAAAUACAAUUUAGUUUUAAAUGUAAAAGUAGUUUUAUUUUUUGACACCCUAAAAUACAUAUUGCACCCCAAACAAAGCUACACAGGAAAGCUUGGAGCCUGUGCGUGCGUGCGUGCGUGUGUGUCUCUGUGUGGUCUCUGGUGUGUGUGAGAAAGUAUGAGUGAGUGAGAACUUGUGUGUGGUGUGUGUGUGCGUGUGUGUGCACUUGUGUUUGUUGGGAAAGCUACCAUUCAACAGGUCAUUGAACAAUCAUGCUUAUCAAGAUUUGGGUUGUGUGUUUAAGAGAGUGGGGUAAGGCAUGGUCCACAGGGCAGGUCCUUAUCAAGUCGUGUGUGUGUGUGUGUGUACUCCAGUGUGCCUGGGGAAGGGAGAAAGAAAUGCCACGGUGAGAGCUGAUUCAUGGAUGUUUGAUUUUUUUAAAUACUUUUAUUCAUCAUCUUUGUUCAUGUAUUUCUUAGUGAUUGAAUGUGUUUUAAUAAGUCAUGUAUGUUUCACCUCUGGGAGACAACUCAUAGUUGUACAGUGUAAACACAGCUGACAUAAAAUGAAUCUUUGAAGUCCA